AUUUAAUUCCUCAAAAGAAAAAAAAAGCUUCAACGAUCUCUGUGGGUCCUCGGAAAACGAAGACGCUGAGUUGAUUUGAUUGAGACAAAAAGCAAAAAAAAAUUCUCAACAGAACUUGAAUUGUUCAGUUGCUUGCACGAUCUUUGGACUCGAAUCAAUCCUUCUUCUACGUUUUGAUUUUGCUUGGUUUUGAUCGGACACAGGUUCUUUCUUCGAUCUCUUUCAAUUUGAUCGGGCUGAAUCGUAUCGUGUUCGUUUCGUGUUUCUUUGCUUUCUUGUUAAGCAACGGAGACUUGUUAGCAUCGCGGAGAAGAAUCGGAAGCGGUAGUGCUCUCAAAUUGUGCUGUUAAAUGGUUGAUGGGAGUAUGGAUUUGUCAAUGUCCCCUGAGACCCACAGAUCUGAUGGUGAUAGGUUGAGAAGAUUAUCAAUGGGAAAAGCAAUCUCAUUGAGUAUUGAUGAACAAAACAAUUUUCGUGACCGCAGAUCCUCAAUUGGUUCUUGUCAUGAUAUUUGCAAAUAUGGGCAUAAUCAUUCAUUAGAGACGAAGGCCAGAGUUCCCCUGUUGAAAAGAGCAAUGAAAAAGGCACUUGAUGCCCAAAAUUCAGACCAGGCUGUGGUUGUGCCUGAAAAAAAGCAUUCUGUUCGUGUGACCAAGUCGAAGGUUUCACCUAGUUCGGGGACAUGUAUUAGUGGUGGCACUGAUGUGAUUAAACGGGUAGUGCCCAUAAGUUCUCCUAGCAGACGUCCGGUAGAGACUGGAGUUACGAGCAAAAGUAAGGAACAGGCAACGCUUGUAAAAGCUCCUAACAGGCAAAGUGAGACUGAAGUUACAAGCAAAAGUAAGGAACAGGCAACGCUUGUAAAAGCUCCUAACAGGCAAAGUGAGACUGAAGUUACAAGCAAAAGUAAGGAACAGGCAACGCUUGUAAAAGCUCCUAAUGGGCAAAGUGAGACUGAAGUUACGAGCGAAAGUAAGGAACCGGAGGUGCCUGUGGGUUCUCCUACCAAGCAGAUUGAAGUUAUAAGUGAAAACAAGGCACUGGUAGUGCCUAUGAAUUCUCCUUCCAAGAAGAUUGAAGUUAUAAUGGUACUGCCUGUGAAUUCUCCUACCAAGCGGAUUGAAGUCAUAAGUGAAAGUAAGGAACUGAUAGUGCCUGUGAAUUCUCCUACCAGGCAGAUUGAAGUUAUAAGUGAAAGUAAGGAACUGGCAGUGCCUUUGAAUUCUCCUACCAGGCAGAUUGAAGUUAUAAGUGAAAGUAAGGAACUGGUAGUGCCUUUGAAUUCUCCUACCAGGCAGAUUGAAGUUAUAAGUGAAAGUCAGGAACUGGUAGUGCCUGUGAACUCUCCUACCAGGCAAAGUCCAGUAGAGAUGGAAGUUUCGAGUGAAAGUAGCGAACGAGUAGUGCCUGAAAAUUCUACUAGCAGGCACAGCUCAGUAGAGAUUGAAGCUACGAGCAAAAAUAUGGAACGGGUAGUGCCUGAAACUUCUCCUAGCGGGCGAAGUCGAGUAGAGAUUGGAGUUAGAAGCGAAAUUAAGGAACCGGUAGUAGUGGCUGAAAGUUCUCUUAGCAGGCAAGGUUCAAACAGGCGAAGUCCAUUAAAGAGUGAAGCUAUGAAUGAAGGUAAGGAACAGGUGGCCAAGACAAAAACUAAGCCCAUAACCUCAAAACCCAAGUUUCAUAAAACUACAAAGCAAGUAGUUUAUUCGUCUACCAAAUCUGAAAGUUCUCCAAAACAGGCUUUGGCCAGUGUUGCAGAAGCAGGGGGCGACAGUUUGUCGAAGCCAAAAGCUUUGAAAGCAAAAUCAGUGACCUCUUCUGGUCCUUCUGGUAAUAUUGCAGCCCACAGCAACAACAAUUCUAAAUCAUGUGAAGGAGCGGGAACCUUGAAAGGAAAUGGAACAAAAGUGGUGGAAAAGUCCAUAAUCACAACGGAUCCAAAUUCUGUCGAUACCGUGGUAAACUUACCUGCGAUAAAGAACAAGAACUCGAAAGUUGUGUCUCAAGUCAAAAGUCAGAACAAAACGAGAAGAGCUCAAGCCAAGGAAGCAUCAAGUGUGGAAUCACAAGAGAAAAUCUUGCAUGUCAUCAAUGUGGAAACUAAGAAGACCAAGCUUGUUGAAUCUGACCAAAAUGACAAGCAUGGUUUGAAGGGGUAUCAAAAGUCACCAACAUCCUUGGCAAAUGGCCCAUCUCUUUCACCUCUUAGAGAAGAUUCUGGUGGAACUAAAUAUACAAAAUACGAAGCGAAUGCCACUGUUUCGGGAUCGAAGAAACACGGUGGCAUAAAAAAAGAAGAUGAUCCCAAUGGGGUUAAAAAAGGCAAGUCCCCGAGAAUGCUUCAGACCAAAGGAAAGGAUUCUUCAUCUUUCAGCUUAAGUUUCAGGAACAAGAAGGUAAUUGACCUUGAUUCCAAAAGGCAUGGUCCAACGAGGCUCAAAUUUAUGGAAGUAAAAUCGUUGGGGGACAACCAAAAGAGCAAGGAUGGCCGAAGAACAAGCUUGAAGAAGGGAAUAGUCAAGGGGAUUUCCAAGAACUCCACACCACCAUCUGAAAAAGUAGUUUUGAGACAUCAAGAUGUGGAAGGGAAGAAAGAUACUCAGGUCUUGUUCAAUAAUGUCAUAGCGGAAACUGCGAGAAAACUCGUUCGAACCCGAAAGAGUAAGGUCAAGGCAUUGGUAGGGGCAUUUGAAAAGGUUAUCUCACUCCAAGACAAGAAGCCUUCUCCUCUAAGAGCCACAGCUUGAACUGAAAAGGUAGAUUUCGUAUAACUCAGUAGAAUUUGUAUAGUGAUGGAAGAAUACAUUUGGGAAUGAACAGAAGGUGGUGAAAUCACAGGAUUGUGAGUCAAAUUGUGCAUUAAUAACUUGUGUGCUUUAUGCAUCUCUGUUUCUUGUUUUUAUUUUUUAUUUUUUCUUUUUUUUGGGUAUUGCCCCUUUACAGAGAAACUACCAUAUGAUAUAAGCUAAGCCUGGUUGGUCUUGUGAGAAUAAAACUAAGAAUAGUGAUGACUUCAUGUACCAUGUCAUUGAGUGUUGAAAGAUAUUCGACCUUGAUUUUGUUGGUUCA